AUGGAGAGAUCGGAUAGAGUAGGACGCUGCGAGACCCAAUGCAGAGAACAAAACAAGAAGAACUUCGUAAAGGAAUUAUGGGUUUAUGGAGAGCCUGACAACGUUUAUAUGCACUUAGUUCAAGUGAAGUUAGUUGUUGACAUUUCAGACAAUAUCUUUCCAUUCCUCCUUCCUUAUUCUUAUGCGGGCGGCUCAGUAGUCAUAAUUAUUUAUGAAUGGUCAAGCAACUUUAUACUGAUAUCGAAAUCGUUUUGCAAAAUCAACAUUUCAUCUUGCAAGAACAUAUUGAUAAUAGCCUCUUUAAGAUCUGCCAAUACAAAUCACACCAUAAUCCUACUCGGCUUGUAA